AUGGUCAUGCUCGCCGCCACGCUCUCGUCAUCGCCGGACGACUCCAAGUGCGUCGGCGCCACCAUCAUCGCGCGGGAGCGGGAGCAAGCCCCAGACGAGUUUUUGCAGCAGCCCUUCAAUCGCUGGAUUGCGUUCUGGCGAAUGGGCUGGGAGGUGGCGCUCCAAUUGGUUCCAGGCGAGGACGUGGCUGUGGACCUGGCUCUGUACCUUACGGAGGACGUCGUCUUCCACGACAGCGCCUUCCAUUUUCUGCUCACCCGUGGCGGAGCCUACCAAAUCCUCGUGUGUACGCCGACCACGAAUCCUGAAGAUCCUAUGGUCCUGGAGAUCAAUUGGGCGCUUCGCCGCUUCAUGCCGCCCGGAGAGCGCAUCUCCGGCCAGAACGCCCCCGUCCGCGCUCGAUACCUCGUCGUGUCCCGCGGCGAACUGCUCAUGGUCGUCAGGUUCACGACUGGUGCUAAUCAGCCGACGUCCAUGUUCAAGGUGUUCCGGGAGACUAAACGGCCAAAGAUGCCUGACGGCGGCGACUUCCCCGUGGCUGUGUACCCCUGGGAAUGGAGCGAGAUGGACACGCUGGAUGGCCGGGUUCUGUUCGUCGGCUAUGGCUGCUCCAGGUCCUACCAAGCGGAUGAGGAUAAGUACCCAGGCUUCAAGCCCGGCAUCUACUUCUUGGAUGAUGGCGUGUUCUGCGAGGCACUCAUGGUCGGCGACGCCAAUACCAGGCCGUACCCCUGCAGGGACAAUGGGAUGUGGUCCGAAUCCGAAGGCCGUAUCCAGCGCUGCUUCCCGCCUCCAAACUCAUCGGACUACUCUCCUCCGGUUUGGCUUUUCCCUUGA